AAUGUGAAUAUGCCAUAACUCUUAAUUAUGUCGAUUCUAAUUGAUACAAGUCAUGAAGCAGCCUUUAUUGCUCAUGGACAUCCAAUGGAUGUUUUCUUCUCCCGAAGACUCACUGUCCAGAGCGGUCAAAAUAUGCCCCAAUACUCACGAGUGUGUCCUUCUGUGGGUCAAUGGGCGUCUUCCAGCGCGGUGUGAUGUAAUUUUUGGUGUCAAUGUUAAUCGAAUAUGAAGUAUUUAGAGGUGUCCUGCGCUGAGUUGGGCACACUAUUGUGGUAGAAUGGCCCAAAUUGACCGUGUUUUUUGUCCGCGUCGCCAGGACGACCGUUGAUAUCAACAAAGCCGCGCACAAUUUGAGCCGAGAGAGGCGAGCUAUCCGUCCAAGUGAGGCGUGAGCAGUGCUCGGGAGACUUGCUGGGGUGUAACAUGUGUGAUUGGUGUGCACGUGAGACUGAGAUUGUGCAGCCAUGAGUGGUGUGAAUGAAGCUGUGAUCAAGAGGACCCAGGAGACGCUGGGGAAGUUCGUGAAGAGACCGCCGCUGACGGAGAAACUGCUGCUGAAGCCACCGUUUCGAUUCCUCCAUGAUGUCAUAAAUGUGGUGAUCAAGGAGACGGGGUUCCUGAAAGGAUUGUACACGGCGGAGGAGCUGAAUUCGGAGAAUAUCAAAGAUCGAGAUGCCAAAAUUAAAUUUCUAGAGAAAUUAAUCAAUAUUGUCGCGGUGGUUACCAAGGCGGAGCUGAAGGUGCGACCGUCGAAGAUUGUGGCCGGGCAGGAGCCCGAGAGGACCAAUGAGUUGCUGCAGGCCAUUGGGAUGGCCAUUGAGCGGAAGCUGGACAGCAGGCAGGCCAUAGAGGCGGCGAAGGCGGGAAAUGCGCCCGCCAAAAAGACUUCAAAAACUCCCGCGGCGACCCAGAAAACAAAGCCAUCACCCACGACAACGGUGGCGACAAAGGGUUCGAAAUCUGUGGGGAAAGUUGAGAAGGCAACAGAGAAGAGAGCAAAACCCGCUGACACUGAGAAGAAGCCCAAAGCGGAGGCAAAAGUGGCAAAGCCCGUGACGAAGAAGGAGAACCUGAUAGUGAAGAAUGAGAAGAACAAAAAGGAUCAGGAUAAGAAGAGAAUAGACAGUGGAAUCAAAUUGGAGGAUUCACCCAAUGAGCAGGAAACGAAUCGUGAGGAUUCUCCGAAGGGAAUUCAACUGACUCUCGAAGCGACGCCGCAGAUUGAUCAAGUUCCUACUGAGAAAGUCGUAGAAGAGCCGGUUAAGGUUGUUGAGGAGAAACCCGAAGUCAAGCCUGAGAAUCCUGUUCAGGAAGUGCGGAAAGAGCGCGAUGAACUCGUGGACGUCAUUGAUGAGGAGGCAGAGCGUCGUCGGAAUGAGAAACGCCCACCGAAAUCCGCUGAGGAGGUCGAAGUGCCUCAGCCUGAGGAGCCAGAAUCGCGUUCUGAGAGUCAUCAGAGGAAGAGAACGAAGUCUUCGGAGAAGAAAGUGAAGAAGGUGAAGGAGGAGCGAAAGCCCUUGACUAAGCAGGCGAGCGUGGAUGGAAGUGGAAAGAUACAGAAUGUUCCGCGCCCGAGAACUUCCUUGCGACCACCGAGUGUUCGACCGGCUUCGGCGCGUCCGGGAGCGCCUCGGAGGCGCGACAAGAACGUCGAGAUUGUUCUGCAGCCUGAGGAGAUGGUGAAGAUGGGAGAUAUCAGUGUGAAGAUGGAGAAUUUCUCGGUGGAUCUCGAGGACGAUGGGGAGAAUCUGAUAAUCAUUGAGGAUUCUACGCAGCGCGAUGAUCCAAUGCCAUCUCCCGCUGCCCUGGAGGGUGUGGACGCAGGUCAGGAGCAUGGGCAUCUGGUGCAGCAGAUUCUGGAGACGCAGAAAGGACUGACUGGGGGAAAGGGCGCAUCAGAGGAGGAGAAGAAGGACGAGUGGAGUGAUCGUCGCACGAGGCAGACUUCGACGCAGCAAAUGGACGCUCUCAGAGACUCCAUCCAGAAGCUGACCAGAGCCGUGAAUCCUCUGGGGAAGCUGAUGAAUUUCCUGCAGGAGGACAUCGAUUCCAUGCAGAGGGAGUUCAAUAUGUGGCGCGAGAUGCACCAGAUGGCUCUCAAUGAGCUGAAUCGCGAGCGAUCUCACUCUCAGCCCGCCACGGAAGCCCUGAAGUCGCUGGAGGCGUCAAUACAGGAACACAUCGAGCUUAUUGACAUCAGUCGUGGCAAUAUUCUGCACAAUGAGCAGAAAAUUGCCAAGCUUCUCACUGAUACCUAAUGACAACGUCACGAUCUCUCACGAGCACACAAAU